CUCACCGUCGCUCAGAUUUCGAUCGUCGCCGCCUACUUGGCUAUUGAUGAUAGAGUGAUAGCUAAGCAGAGAGCUCUCUCGAAGCAAAUCCCGGUUUCUACUUUUUCAAGCUCUCUGCUCCUCCCGUGGGAAACGAAAACAUUUCCACUAUCGGCCGCCGUUCCACCCGGUUUCGGCGACCGACCUUCUCGAAGCUUCGUGUUCGUCGUCGUCGCUUCCGGUUUCCUCUUUGAAAGCUCUGUUGAUCGCAAUCUCCGAGCUCGUUCGUCGAAACGUUCAGGAGCCUUGAAUCUGGAUGUGGUGAGGCUGACAUGUGGCAUGGCAGGACGUCAACUUGAGGCAUACUCUAUGUACAAGCGAAUGCCUUCAAGAGACCACGAAGAUAUGACCGAGGUAGAAGAUAAUGAAGCUCUUUUACAGGGCAAUUUGGAAGUGGAAAAUACUAAUCCUUCCUGGAAACGGUCACUUCCAUAUGUAUUGGUUGCAACAAUACCCUCCCUCUUAUUUGGUUACCAUCUUGGAGUUGUUAAUGAGCCACUUGAAAGCAUAUCAUUGGAUCUUGGGUUUGAUGGGAACGCCUUGGCAGAAGGACUGGUGGUCAGUAUAUCCCUGGCUGGAUCCUUGCUUGGGUCGUUGUUCAGUGGUUCAAUUGUCGACAGUAUUGGGCGCCGCAAGGCUUUUCAGUUAGCUGCUUUGCCAAUGAUUCUUGGUCCUGCGGUUAGUGCGUCAACCAAAACUCUUGCUGGUAUGCUCAUAGGACGGUUCUUGGUGGGUAUUGGUAUGGGUCUUGGCCCAACUGUGGCUUCUCUUUAUGUGGCAGAGAUUUCUCCUGCCUUUGUGAGGGGCACCUAUGGAAGCUUCAUUCAGAUUGCAACAUGUGUUGGAUUUUUGACAUCUCUAUUUGUCGGACUCCCUGUUAAAGAUAUAAAAGGCUGGUGGCGCACUUGUUUUUUGGUUUCUACUAUUCCUGCUGGAAUACUUGCUCUUGCCAUUCAAUUAUGUGUCGAGAGCCCUCACUGGCUAUUCAAGCAAGGAAGAACCAUUGAAGCUGAAGCAGAAUUUGAAAAGCUUUUAGGUGUGGCACAUGUGCAAAGUGCAAUGCAAGAGUUGUACAAAGUAGACAGAGGAGAUGACACUGAUGCUGUGAAGCUCUCAGAAUUGCUUUCGGGUCGUCAUUUUAGAGUUGUUUUUAUUGGAUCAUCCCUAUUUGCUUUCCAACAGCUAUCUGGUAUAAACACCGUAUUUAAUUUCUCGUCAACUGUAUUCAAAAGUGCGGGAGUGCCUUCAGAACUGGCAAAUGUCUUUGUCGGAAUUGCAAAUUUGUUAGGUUCUCUGAUUGCAAUGGUUCUGAUGGAUAAACAAGGAAGGAGGUCACUGCUCAUUUGGAGCUUCUUUGGACUCGCUGUGUCUAUGGGGCUACAAGGUUUUGCAGCAAACUCCUACUUGGCUGGCACUUUUGCUUCAUACCUCUCUGUUGGCGCCAUGUUAAUGUGCGUCCUGACAUUCUCUUUAGGAGCUGGCCCAGUCCCGGGUCUUCUACUCCCAGAAAUUUUCCCGAGUCGAAUCAGGGCAAAAGCUGUGGCGAUCUGUAUGUCAGUCGGCUGGGUGAUCAACUUCUUCGUGGGGUUGAUGUUCUUGUGGUUGCUUCAGCGACUCGGGAGGCAGCUCCUCUACACUUGCUUUGCAGCCUUCUGCUUGAUGGCAGUGGCGUUUGUGAGAAGAAAUGUCAUGGAAACGAAAGGGAAGUCGCUCCAGGAAAUCGAGAUAGCUCUUCUGUCGCCUGAAUUCUGAGCAGAAGGCCUCUUCUUGCCUUCUCCUGGAUACGGCCUCAUUUACUGUGAUGUUCUCUGUUUUAAUUUUGUUUUUCAGUCCUAUCAAUUGAGCUGCUGAGAAAGCUAGUUUUCUAGCCUGCCACUCUAAUCGGCAGCACUGAUUCCAGGAAUAUCAUAAUGUGUGUAUAGGAGCAGCUUUCAAGCUGUAUGAUUAUGUGAUACAAAACUUCUUAGUAAACGUCAUAGCGAACAAUAUUCAUGCUUGAUCCUAUGAAGUCAGGCUCGAUAUUUUGCGCUUUGUCGAAAGAAAACACGAUCAGUUAGCAACUCAAGUUCGGCAUUAGCAAGAUCCUUCAAUUGAGCUCUGGUUCUGUCGACGAGAUUAAUGCUUAAUCCUCUUCUGUUUUGGGUUUAGGUAUGACCAAUGAAUACAAAUGACUACUGCAAGGGAUGCGAUAUAAUCUAAACCACUACCUAAACUGAUGUGGCCAGAUCCUCCACGAGGAGAGCAGAGUCCGUACAUGGCUAAAUUGAGCAGAAACAUGUCAGACUCAGACAAAGAACUGCUGGUACUCUGGAACAAUUGUAAUCCGAUACUACGACGCAUGACCUCAAGCAUAUGGAAAGCGCCGUGAGGAUCUGUGGUUCCUCCUCCACAAGCACACAACUGAUAAUCUGCAAUUCAUGUUCUUAAAAUGCUAAACAUAAAACCUCUCUAGCCUUUUGCAUUGAUGAUAUUCUACACGAAAAUGAAGGUUCAAGGAUUCCUACAGAAGCGCUCAUCUACAUAUAUAGUAUGCUGCAAUAAUCUACCAACAAGACUGCAUUGAACUGGAAAACCACAGUUCUGAUGCGGUUGACACCCUCCAUCAGGCGAGCAGCGUGCCUAAUUGGCUAAGUUGCACAGAAACAUGGCAGGGAAAGAACUGCUGGCACUCUGGAACAGUUGGCUUUCGCCAAAAGUUCCGCCUGGCUUGCCAUAAGCAUUGAUUGAAACUCAAUAUCACAUCCUCAACUCCAAUACAUGACCUCCAGCGAUGAAAACAUCGAGACAAUCAGCAGUUCCUCCUCCACAAGCACACAACUGAUAAUCUGCAGUUCUUGUAAAACGGCUAAACAUAAAACAUCUCAAGCCUUUUGCAUUGAUGUGAUUCUACACGACAAAGAAGGUUCAAUGAUUUCGACAGAAGCACUCAAUCUACAUAUAUGCUUCAAUAAUCUACCAACAAAACUGCGUUAAACUGGAAGACCAGAGUUCAAUUCACCAGUUCGUGACGCAUACACUCCUGUUACAGUCUCCGGGAGCUCAGGGAAACCGAAUGGAAAACCCACUCCCAGUCUCAGUAACAUGCAUAGGACCAAAAUCAUCAAAAUCAGAGUCAAACCCAUCCUUGUGGUCGUACCACCCACCUGGCGAAUCCACAUCAUGCUCACUGUUCGACCUCGGCACAUGAAGCUCCCAGAGGGGAACCGGAAAUGGCUCCAUCGAGAAGUAAACAUCAUGAAGCAACUCCAUUGCAGUAGCCCUACUAGACGGAUCAUAGCACACCAGCUUCCUCACCAGCGACACCUCUUCACUCGAACGAUUCUUCAAGCACGAUUCUAACCCUGCAGGAUUCUCCACUUUGCCAAAAGACAUCGUCUUGUAAUCAGGAAGGUUCACACAACCCGGCCACACUUCUUCAUUCAAGUUACCCAAUACACUGAUAAUCCUCCCGAGCUGAUCGAUAUCUGAACCCCCAGGGAAGAGAGGCUCCAGAGUCAGAAGCUCCGCGAAAAUGCAGCCUAACGCCCACAGAUCGACCUCCAUUCCAUAAUCCGUCGAUCCAUAGAGCAGCUCAGGUGCCCUGAACCAGCGAGUUCCUACGCAGGAAGUGAAGCACCCUUCUUGUGGCCUAUCGUCAUAAUCAUCAACAUCAUCAACAACGUAAGAGUAGGGGCUCCGGAAAUCAUCAUCCCCGAACUCGCUAGCUGUGCCGGUUGCAAUGCCAGAGACGUUUCCAUCCCUGGUAUUGGUCGUUUCCUUCUCCAUCUCAUCCAAGAAAUCCCGGCUCUUGUACUCGCUCGUCAUUUCUGCAAGAGAAUCUUCUUCUUCACCCAAUGUGGAGGAUCGAUGGUGCUUUUUCCUGCCCCAGUUGCCUCUCUCGAAAUUGAACACAGCAGUCGUCGGAGCCCCGUGGUGAAUGUACAAUUGUUCGCCCGACGGCGGCGGCGGAGUGUUCUUCUCAUCCAUUGCUAUAGAUCCAGCUUCCAUGAGUAUCCUUGCCUGGCCGAAGUCCGCCAAUUUGAGAAUCCCGUCGUGGGAAAUCAACAGAUUGCCAGGCUUCAAAUCGCGAUGGACGACCAUGUUCCGGUGGCAGGCGUCGAGGCCGGAGAGAAUCUGCAUCAUCCACCGCUUGACCUCGCCGCCGCGGAUCCCGCCCUUCUUCUUCCCGUCCCUGACGACCGCCGCCAGGUCGGUCCUGAGGAAUUCGAGGACGAGGACGGCGUCUUCAUCCUCGCCCCAGAAGUACUCGUGGAGGACGACGACGUUGGGGCAGUUCUGGAGGACGCGGAGGGCCUCGAUCUCGCGGAACGCCGACUGGUAAUCGUGGACCUCUUUCAGGGCGACGAGGAGGUCGUCGGAGAGGCGAUGGGCCUUGUAGACGUCGGAGUAGGCGCCGGAGCCGACCCGCUCGUGGAUUCGGUACUUGGCGAUGAUUUCGGGUCGGGUGUAGAUGCUCCAGCUCUUGGGAGGCGGUGGCGCGGGAAGUUGCGGCGGCGGCGGGGGAGAUGUGGGCUCCAUUGUAUUUUCCGCCGGUGGGUUUGUGUUUGUGUGUGGGAGUGUGAGAGCGAGAGGCGGGUAGGUUUGGCCGGCGACGGAGAGGGAGCAGUGGCAGUGAUGUGAUUUGCUUCUUUGUUGCCCGAUUUGGGUUCGUUAACGGCGACGAUUGGAAAGGAAAGGAAUGGAGACAGGGUUUGACGCAUCCAAUUGGUUUAUGACACCUGGAUUUCAUUUUUUAUUCAUUUCUCCAU